AUGCUGUGCCUCGGCACGGCCGUCAACGCCGGCUUCGUCUUCUUGCGCGGCUCGGCCGGUGCGGGUCGGUCGCAGCUGGUGCUUCGGCUGGUCGACGAUGCGGUGCGGCGCGGGCUCAUCGAGUUCUACCUGCGGUGGAACAACAUCCCCGAUCAGUACGGCUACAGCCACGAGAUCGCCCACACGGCGCUCGACACCAGCGUGGGCAGCCUGCGGCCAAAGCGGUGUGCCGAGGGCCGCGGCCGCUGCCUGCGAGUCGGCCUGCUGCCGCACGCCGAGUUCCCUCGCCACGGCGACUGGCGCGCCCUCGCGCCGACGGCGCUGGGUACCGGCAGCGGCUCGAUCGGUACGACGAGGCUCGGCGGACUUUCAGAGGUUGGGACGAGGGCGCGCGCCGCAGACCCGCAGCCGCCCUCUCCGGUGUGA